AUCAGGCUGACUUAAAUGAUAUCCUUUAAGGGUGUACAUCARCUAAAGUGGUUGUAUCGCAAGAACUGCUACAGUUUUCCGACCCCUGGCAUUGCAGACAAGGCAUUCAUUCAGUCUAUAACACUGGCUGGAACAGUGGAACCAAAGACAGAKUGUAAAAACUGUCCUCCUGGUACUUAUAGUAACAAGAAUGGAGCUACAAAGUGUGAAAAAUGUGAUUACUUUCAGUAYCAGUCCAAAACAGGGCAGACAAAAUGUACAGAUUGUCCAUCAGAUAGUUACUCUAUGCAAGGUUCUGCAUACUGCAUUCCAAUGGCAGUCUGUACUGAAAACGAUCUUAUCAUGGCACCUGAAGAUAUUAGCACUUGUACCGUGAGGAAGACAGAUGGUGUACUCGUCAGGAAAAUUAUACCUGAAUACACUACAGUCAGUAUUAAAGCCAAAAAACGCACACUGUGCAUAAAGCCAACAGCUGUCACACCUCCCAAAACCGUCCCAUGCAAAUGCCAACCAGGGUUUGAGCUGACACCUAAGGUUUCAACGGCGAAAUGCAGACAAUGCCCAAAGGGUAUGAUGUCCCAAGAUGGCAUGAAAUGUGUCAAGUGCCCAAGUGGACAUGUUGCAUUGAUGGGAAUGCAUUACUAUUGGUGGGAUAAAAGCGGCCUACCCGAAGGAUUUACAUCUGGUUGUGGUGGCGAUUGUCCAGAUAUGAUGGGCUGGAGACCAGCUGGAAGCCACAUUCGUACCGUCCGUGUCGUAGGGGACGUUGAUUCCUUCAUACAGACAGACAAAUACGAAGUUGUGUCCAACAUCGCUUAUAUCGCGUUCAAUUGCUCUAUUCUGUGUAAUAUGUCUCAACCUGUAAGCCGUCUCCAAGGCAACCACUUGGCAGAUAUUAACUACUGCAACUUAGUCUUUGAAGUUUGGGCCAAUGAUAGUCUAGCAGAUCAAGUCAAUUGUACGAAACCUAAAGGAAAGUACGUUUAUAAGCACGAACGAAAACGCGAUGGAAGACCAGUAGGUCACAAGUAUGAUCUUAAAAGGGGUACCAGCUAUAAGUUCAGGUGGUUCUUUCAUCAAGAGGAUGAAUUGAAGUCUGUCUCUUCUGCCUUCGAAGCCAGGAUUUAUAAUAUCAGUAUUGUGGGUGUCAGAGGUGGCUCAGCUAUAGCCUGCACACCCUGUGCUAGCGGAUAUUACAGUGUCGCUGAUAACAAUGACUGCCGAAUUUGCCCGAAAGGAACCUACAGUAAAAGGGGAUCAAGCAAGUGCUUGAAUUGUAAAGAAGRWUACUUUUCAGACGCACCCGGUAGCGGMGAGUGUCUUGCUUGCGGCGCCACGACAAAAAGUCUACCAACUCGCGACGGWUGUACCAAUAAUGGCUGCUCGUAUUCCUACAAGGACGCUGGUUUAGAGUACGAUUUUUCCCGGCUCUCGCGCGUCAAUGGCUCAAUGUUUAAUGUGUUGAGCUAUCAAGUAG